AUGUCUGCCGCUGGCUCUGCUUCGGUGGUGAGGCCUGUGCCCACCCCGUCUCAAACCUCGUCGACGCCGGCCCAGCCUGCCCGCCCAUCGGAGGUGGUGCUGCCGCGGUGGCAGCCGGAUUCGGAAGCGACCUACUGCCCGAUCUGUGGCACGCAGUUCAGUAUCUUUGUUAGGAAACAUCACUGUCGUAAAUGUGGCCGGGUAGUGUGUAACUCGUGCUCGCCGCACCGCAUCACAAUACCCUCCCAGUAUAUUGUCCGGCCGCCCGGCACGCCUAGUGCUCUGCCUGGCGAGCUUUCACUCGCCCUUCUGAAUGGCGAAUGGUACCCCGAGAUUGGUGGUGGCGAGAGAGUCAGGCUAUGCAACCCUUGCGUCCCUGAUCCCAACACGGCUCCGCCUCAGGUUCAAGGAGGCCAGUCAGGGCCGCAAAAUAACGCCAGCCCGCCUGUACAGGUUGGAAGCCCGCUGCUCGGUGGUGUAUGGAGCCACUACUUUGGCGCCGGAGAAUUUGCCGGCAACGUGCAAACGAGAAGUCGAAGCGUCACUAUGCAGCCUGGGCCGUUAUUGCCAUCUCGAUCGCCUUUUCCCCCGCCUAGGAGUAACGAGGACCGCAUUCUCUGGGGUACACCGCCAGUGUCAUCGUCAACCUCCCACGCCCCUCGCCCUCACCCAGCGCCCACUCCACACUACCGAGCGCUGACCGAGGGCCGCCACCGACCAGGUCCUUCAUCCGCCGCGGCGCUAUAUGCUCCCUCAUCUGCGAUCCGCCAUUUUCAGAGGCCCGCUGCCCUGCGCCGCCCAGCGCCCCAAAUCGCCGAAGAAGACGAAUGCCCCGUCUGCCACCGCGAGCUCCCGCCGCGCACCCUCCCCAAUUUUGAGUCGCUCCGGGAGUCACACAUCACCAGUUGCCUCGUCUCCCACACAUGGUCCGGCGGGCGCACGUCAGCGUUGGGGUCCGGCGGGGGAGAGGGGAACAGCAACAACCCGGGCGCGCUGCCCACUCCUGUGCCGUACCGCCUCACGGGUAUGUUCCCCUACGCGGCCACCGAGAAGGACUGUGUCGACUCGGCCGAGUGCUCAAUCUGCCUCGAGGAGUUCGAGGUGGGCGUCGCCAUGGCCCGGCUCGAGUGUCUGUGUCGGUUCCAUCGGGCGUGCAUCAAUGCCUGGUGGGAGAGGCAUCCGGGGCGGUGUCCGAUGCAUCAGCAUGAUGGGUAUGGGUUUUAG